AUGCGUGCCACAUCAGGAGGCAGCUUGAAAGUGAUGGGUUUGUUGCUUGGAAAAGUGGAUGGUGAAACCAUGAUCGUUAUGGACAAUUUUGCUUUGCCUGUAGAGGGCACUGAAGCCCGAGGUUUUGACCCACCCCAUCAAAGUGACACAAGAACUAUUUACAUAGCCAACAGGUUUCCUCAGAAUGGCCUUUACACACCUCAGAAAUUUAUAGAUAACCGGAUAAUUUCAUCUAAGUAUACUGUAUGGAAUUUUGUCCCCAAAAAUUUAUUUGAACAAUUCAGAAGAGUGGCAAACUUUUAUUUUCUUAUUAUAUUUUUGGUACAGCUUAUGAUUGAUACACCUACCAGUCCAAUUACCAGUGGACUUCCGUUAUUCUUUGUGAUAACAGUAACCGCCAUAAAGCAGGGAUAUGAAGAUUGGUUACGACAUAACUCUGAUAAUGAAGUAAAUGGAGCUCCUGUUUAUGUUGUUCGAAGUGGUGGCCUUGUAAAAACUAGAUCAAAAAACAUUCGGGUGGGUGAUAUUGUUCGAAUAGCCAAAGAUGAAAUCUUCCCUGCAGACUUGGUGCUUCUCUCCUCAGAUCGACCUGAUGGUUCAUGUCAUGUUACAACUGCUAGUUUGGAUGGAGAAACAAAUCUAAAGACACAUGUGGCAGUUCCAGAAACAGCAGUAUUACAGACAGUUGCCAAUUUGGACAGUCUUAUAGCUGUAAUAGAAUGCCAGCAACCAGAAGGAGACUUGUACAGAUUCAUGGGACGAAUGAUAAUAACUCAGCAAAUGGAAGAAAUUGUAAGGCCUCUGGGCCCAGAGAGUCUCUUACUUCGUGGAGCCAGAUUAAAAAACACAAAAGAAAUUUUUGGUGUUGCUGUGUAUACCGGAAUGGAAACUAAAAUGGCAUUAAAUUACAAGAGCAAGUCACAGAAAAGAUCUGCUGUGGAAAAAUCAAUGAACACAUUUUUGAUAAUUUACCUAAUAAUCCUUAUUUCUGAAGCCAUCAUCAGUACUAUCCUGAAAUAUACAUGGCAAGCCGAAGAAAAAUGGGAUGAACCUUGGUAUAACCAAAAAACAGAACAUCAGAGAAAUAGUAGUAAGAUUCUGAGAUUUAUUUCUGAUUUCCUUGCUUUUCUGGUACUCUACAAUUUCAUCAUUCCAAUUUCAUUAUAUGUAACAGUUGAAAUGCAGAAAUUUCUUGGAUCGUUUUUUGUUGGCUGGGAUCUUGAUCUCUAUCAUGAGGAAUCAGAUCAGAAAGCUCAAGUCAAUACCUCCGAUCUGAAUGAAGAACUUGGGCAGGUGAAUUAUGUGUUUACAGAUAAAACUGGAACACUAACAGAAAAUGAGAUGCAGUUCCGGGAAUGUUCAAUUAACGGCAUAAAAUACCAAGAAGUUGAUGGUAGACUUGUACCUGAAGGGCCAACACCUGACUCUUCAGAAGGAAACUUAUCUUAUCUUAGUGGUUUAUCCCAUUUUAGCAGCUUUGCCCAUCUUACAAGCAGUUCCUCUUUUAGAACCAGUCCUGAAAAUGAAAAUGAACUAAUUAAAGAACAUGGUCUCUUCUUCAAAGCAGUCAGUCUCUGCCAUACUGUGCAGAUCAGCAGUGUUCAAAGUGACGGCAUUGGGGACGGUUCCUGGCAGGCCAGCCUGGCACCCUCCCAGCUAGAGUACUAUGCCUCUUCCCCAGAUGAAAAGGCGCUAGUGGAAGCUGCUGCAAGAAUUGGCAUUGUAUUUAUUGGCAGUUCUGAAGAAAUUAUGGAAAUUGAAAUACUUGGAAAACUGGAACGGUACAAACUGCUUCAUGUUCUGGAAUUUGAUUCAGAUCGUAGGAGAAUGAGUGUAAUUGUUCAAGCAUAUUCAGGUGAGAAACUUUUAUUUGCUAAAGGAGCAGAAUCAUCAAUUCUCCCUAAUUGCAUAGGUGGAGAAAUAGAAAAAACCAGAAUUCACGUAGACGAAUUUGCUUUGAAAGGGCUAAGAACUCUGUGUAUAGCCUAUAGACAAUUUACACCUAAAGAAUAUGAAGAGAUAGACAGACGCCUUUUUGAAGCCAGGACUGCCUUGCAGCAACGGGAAGAGAAAUUGGCUGAAGUCUUCCAGUUCAUAGAGAAAGACCUGAUUUUACUGGGGGCUACAGCAGUAGAAGACAGACUACAAGAUAAAGUUCGAGAAACUAUUGAAGCAUUGAGAAUGGCUGGUAUCAAAGUAUGGGUACUUACGGGGGACAAACACGAAACCGCUGUUAGUGUGAGUUUGUCUUGUGGACAUUUUCAUAGAAGUAUGAACAUCCUUGAACUUAUUAACCAGAAAUCAGACAACGAAUGUGCUGAACAGCUAAGGCAGCUUGCCAGAAGAAUUACAGAAGAUCAUGUGAUUCAGCAUGGUCUGGUAGUGGAUGGGACCAGCCUAUCUCUUGCACUCAGGGAGCAUGAAAAGCUGUUUAUGGAAGUUUGCAGAAAUUGUUCAGCUGUGUUAUGCUGUCGUAUGGCACCACUGCAGAAAGCAAAAGUAAUAAGACUGAUAAAAAUCUCACCUGAGAACCCUAUAACAUUGGCUGUUGGUGAUGGUGCUAAUGAUGUAAGCAUGAUACAAGAAGCACAUGUUGGCAUAGGAAUCAUGGGUAAAGAAGGAAGACAGGCUGCAAGAAACAGUGACUAUGCAAUAGCUAGAUUUAAAUUCCUCUCCAAACUACUUUUUGUUCAUGGUCAUUUUUAUUAUAUCAGAAUAGCUACCCUUGUACAGUAUUUUUUUUAUAAGAAUGUGUGCUUUAUCACACCCCAGUUUUUAUAUCAGUUCUACUGUUUGUUUUCUCAACAAACACUGUAUGACAGCAUGUACCUGACUUUGUACAAUAUUUGUUUUACUUCCCUACCUAUUCUGAUAUACAGUCUUUUGGAACAGCAUAUAGACCCUCAUGUAUUACAGAGCAAGCCUACUCUCUAUCGGGAUAUUAGUAAAAAUCGUCUUUUAAGCAUUAAAACAUUUCUUUAUUGGACUAUCCUGGGUUUCAGUCAUGCCUUUAUUUUCUUUUUUGGAUCUUACUUUCUGAUGGGAAAAGAUAUCUCUCUGCUUGGAAAUGGCCAGAUGUUUGGAAACUGGACAUUUGGCACUUUGGUCUUCACAGUCAUGGUUAUUACCGUCACAGCAAAGAUGGCUUUGGAAACUCAUUUUUGGACUUGGAUCAACCAUCUUGUUACCUGGGGAUCUAUUGUAUUUUAUUUUAUAUUUUCUUUAUUUUAUAGUGGGAUUCUCUGGCCAUUCUUGAGCUCCCAGAAUGUGUACUUCAUAUUUAUGCAGCUCCUGUCAAGUGGUUCUGCUUGGUUUGCCAUAAUCCUUAUGGUUGUUACUUGCCUAUUUCUCGAUGUUGUGAAGAAGGUAUUUGACCGACAGCUCCAUCCUACAAGUACUGAAAAGGCACAGCUUACUGAAACAAAUUCAGGUGUCAAGUGCGUGGACUCCGCGUGCUGUUUCCCAGAAGGAGAAGCGGCGUGCGCCUCUGUUAGAAGAAUGCUGGAACGAGCUCUAGAGAGGUGUGGCCCCACCCACGUCAGCAGAUCGUGGAGCGCCUCGGAUCCUUUCUGUACCAGCGACAGGAGCGUCCUGACUCUCUCCACAAUGGACUCAUCUACUUGCUAAAGGGCAGUAGUACUUGUAGAGCAGUUUCACCUCCUUUCCUCUAAUUCAGGGCUGAUCAUCCUGUAAAUGACCACUCUAGCCCUGAAGUCACUGCGAAAUCUCUGGAGUGGUUCAGACCCACUGCAAAAAAAGCAUUAACAUGAACCCCUUUCCUCUUCCCUUAAUUUGAAUAUGAACAUGUCAAGAAUGGUGAAUAAAGACAGUUUCGUUCUUUUUGUCUGGGUUGUCCCUGCGCACAUGGGACUCCUAAUGCAUUUCAGCAUGUUGCUGAGGUCGCUGAGAUCACUCCUACUUAAUGUGUAUUUUUUAGGGUUAGAUUGGUUAUUUUCUUCUAUUUAAAUCUGCUUCUGUAAAUUGUGCUGAAAGUUUGCCUUGAGAACUCUAUUUUUUUAUUAGAGUUAUAUUUAAAGCUUUUCAUGGGAAAAGUGAAUGUGAAUAUUAAGGAAUUUUGGUACCUGGGUGAUUUGUAUUGCUAAUCCAUUAGUGCGUUUUAAAGUCACAGAGCAAACUAGGAGAAUGCAUCUCCCCUCGCUGACUGCAGUGUGGGUAGUGAAUUGAUGGCCGUAGCAGGUUUCUCUAAGCCUGCUGUGCCUCCACCAGUGAGCUGUGUGUGUAAAGGGUCUGUCCUGGGCAGAAGUCAGAAGUCAGGUCUGUGCACCAGAUUUCAAAGUGAUGUUUACUGAUUUUUUGCCCAAAUGUAAAGAACCUAUAGUGGGUGAAUUAGAGAUCUUUAUCAUAUUAAUUUAAUAUCUUCAUCAUUGGCUCUUUUGCAUGCUUUAGCCUGGCUAAUAUACAUUUGGUUUUUACCUCUUUCUGAAGGCUCUGUUUAUAUUAGUAUUUUAUGACAAUGUUGUAAAGUUCAGCUAUAUCAAUAAAAAGCAAGUUUGGACAGUAUUUAUACAUUGCAAAUAGUUUUAAUUAUACAAAUCAAAAUAUGGUUAAUUAGAUCAAUAAUAAGAGGAGAGCCCCUCUUUGUGACCAACUUAGAAUUACUCCUGCCUUUCUGUAAACUAAACUUGAGGGUAAAGGAUUUCUGAUAGGGAUCUUGCUGUUUCCCGGUUAGAGCGGUUAGAGUGUUAAUCUGAGGUGGGCUCUGCAGAGUGAGUGCCUUUACAGGUGUGCUGUCAGGUGUGACUGUGGACAGUGAGAAAGUCUAAAUACUAAACUUUUAGCAGCAAUGAAUUAAAAUGCUAAGCAUGACUAGUCAGGCACAUGUUGGUCUAGUUAACUCCUUGCAUCUCAAAACUUAAUUUCCAUCUCAAAUUUGUGUUGUCAUUUGUUUUGUCAAAAGCAUUGUUUUUAGGGGCCAGGGAUUUAGCUCAGUGGUUCUGCCACCUGCCUUGCAAACGCAAGGACCUGAGUUUGAUCCCUGGUACCAAAAAAAAAGUAAUGUUUUUAAGACCUGGAAUGAUCAUUAGUUUAAGAAUGAUUAUCUGUAGCAUAUAAUGAUCAUAAUAUAAAAUAAAAAUUAGAAGAAAAGUUAAAUGAAGUUUUGCCAAAUUGUCCCUUAGGGAUGUAAGUCCUUUUUGGAGAUUCAUUGUACAACUCUUAAAGGCUUGGGCUGGUAGACAGAGAACGAUAGAGUGACAAUUAAGACUUCGCCUGUGUUUGCGCGUAUGCUGUUGGCUUGCUAGGCCAUUUGUCCUUAAACAGUGCAGGGUGUUACAUUAUCUAUCCCAGUACUCCAGGCUACGUACUUCCCUUCUUGGAUAUUCCAGUGUUAGGUUUCAGAAGAUCUGUUACUCUGGAAAUACAGGAGAGGGACGGUACAGUAUAUACAAUGUGUACACUCACUGUCACAUGUUCCACAGAGGAAGCAGUGCGGAAAUAUUCAGGAUACUUUAAGAGAUAAAGGAUAGCAGGAAUUUGCUUUCUCGUGGAAUGUCUUCUGAAGCGUACAUGUACACUAGGACAGCCAGGCCUGGUAGCACACGCCUGAAAUCCCAGCACACGUUAGAGCCACCCUGGACCACGUACUAAGACUGUCUUAAAGAAAACACUGAAAUGAGUCAGUGGUCCCACGUCACCUCUGCA